AGCGCGACGCAGCAACGAGCAGCAGUAACAUCAGUGGCAGCAUAUACAGGUCUCGAAGACAGAGGCUCGCAAGAGACUUGAGCUUUCGCGGUUCGAAGACGACGACCACGAUCGUUGUUCCACCUCGCGAUCGCGUUCGUUCCCUUCGCGUUCGCAUUCCCUUGUUUAGGUUGGUGUUUUCAUUUGUGCUUUCCUGUGGGUGUCUGUGUGCUUGCUCGUUUUGUGUGAUUGCAUGAAGUUUUCAUAGUGCCUUAGUGUCUAGGAGAGUGCCAACAAUUACUUUCGGACGUCAGUGAAAAAGUUGAAGGCCGAUCGAUCGAUUGGCGGUUGAAACGAGUGCGCUGCAUUGCGAUUAGCAGCGAUCUUGCACGUCUCGGGAAUUCCGCGCGAGACGAUAGGUCUUCGGUGCUGCAAAAUAGAUAACAAACAGGUUAAAGUAUGAAAAAGAUCCGCCGAUGGCUGUUACUAUUUGCGGUCAUUAUAGCGCUGAUGGUGCGAGUGGACGGUUUGAAGGCAACGUCGUUGAUCUUUGGCCGCGGUCCAGCCACCACCAGCACGACGACCACGACGACCACCAGCACGACGACGACGGCCGCUACGUCAACCACGGAAGAGUCGGCCGAAGCUGAGGACGAGGUCGCGGACCAGGGUGAGGAUGGAGCGACGAAGGCACCGCUCACCGGCAUACCGCAGGUCGAUUACGUCUGGGAUCCGAACUUGCCGCGUGAGCUGCGAGGGUUCAAUCUGUCCAACUAUCCCUUCCUGGACUCGGUUCCGACGGAGGAGGACAUCGGGUUCACCUGCGAUCCGAAGCUGCACGAUGGAUUCUACGCUUCGAUCAAGUACAACUGUCAGCUCUACCAUCACUGCAUCAACGGAAUCCGGUACGAUUUCCUGUGCGCCAACUAUACCGCCUUCGAUCAGAAGACUUUCAUCUGCCAUUUCGCGUCCGAGGUUGACUGCAAGAACUCACCCAAGUACUGGUUCCGCAACGAGCCACUGUACAAAGCGACCACAACGACGACAGUGAAGCCACCACCAACGACCUCAACAACUCCUUCACCAACCACGGUCGCCUCUCGGCCAAAACCUCUCCGUAAACCGGUCAGAAGGAGGCGUCCACAGGUGGAUUAUUAUUACUACGACGAAGAGUACGAGGAUGAUUACUACGAGGAGCGUAAUCGACGCAGGAAGAACCGUCCGAGGAAUCGGCGACCGAUCUAUGAGGAUGAUUACGAGGAAGAGGAUCGAUUUGAGCGACCAGCAGCGCGUCCGGUCGAUCGUUACCGGGAGCGUGACCGAGAUCGGAUCGAGGAGGAUGAUGAGUACGAGGAACGUCGACCGAUUGACCGUCGGCCAAUGAAGACACGUAACCGGAACCAGGAGCGUCGUCCUGUGCCAGUUGAUGAUGAUCGUCGAGGGUAUUACGGUGGUGGUGGUGCUGCGGAAGAGCGACGCCGUCGUCCAGCGACGAUGGCUGAUGAGCGCAGGCGGCCACCGGUGGAUUUGGAAGAUGAAAAACCAUCGAGACCGAUGAGUGAACGGCGCCGUGUACCAGCACCAGAUCGUGACGUCAUUCGGCGACCAUUGACGAACGAUCGGCGAUCGUUCGGUGCCGAGGGUGAGCGAAAGCCAGCCAAGCGUCCCAUCUACGAUGACGAGGUGGACGAAGAGUACGAUUCGGUAGCACCGGCGUAUGGUGGCAGUGGACGUCGUGGUGGUGGUGGUGCUGGUUCGGAUCGAGGACGCCAACAGCAACAGCAGCAGAACGAUAACGUUGUCACAGUGAAACCAGCCGGUGGCAGUAUCUAUGGUCGACCACGUGCCGCUCCUCGCAUCAACCGGCCCGUCCCGUUGAACGAAAAGAGCAAGUACGCGUACGGUGGUGGUUCCGAGUCCGGUGCCAAAGGAUACUCACCGAAAUCCUCGACCACAGCGGCACCACCCGAUCCGGAGUACUACGAUGAGUACGAUGAGGUAGUGCAGGAGCAACCACAACCUGGCCGUCGUGAUACGGUCGCCGAUAAACCGAGAAAACCAGCGGUGGCCAGCAGCGACUACAGUGACGCCGAAUCGCCGGUGGCCGUCAGUGUCAGUCAACGGAAGCCACCGCGCCCGAGCGCUUCGUCCGACGUCGUGUACUACGACGAUGUGAUCGUGGCGAAGGAGGACCUCCCGUUCCGGCCGGUGCCGGGAAACGUGCGGAAGCCGGAGCAAACCGAGCGUAUCAACAGCCGGGACAAUUCCGAGCUGGCGACCGGCUACAAUCGGUACCAGGCCAACGGCGAGCCCAAGGGACGAGGAUCAACCAAGCAUCAGCAGGGGAAAACGACGAUCACGACGACCACGACGACGACCAGUACCGUCGGCUCGGUGAGUCGCGUUGAGGACGAGUCCGGGGUGGACUCUGGGGAAGGAGAGCUGGACGAUGAGUAUGUGCCAGCGGUGCGUCCGUCGGUGCUGCCAGCACGCCCUGCCGCAGCCAAUCUGUAUGCAAACUUUAAGAACAAGAAGCAACAACUGCAGCAGCAACAGCAACAGCAACAGCAACAGCCACAAGCUCCGGCUGCUUCGGCUGAACCUGCACCAAGGCAACCACUGCGUUCGACCAAGAGACCGUUCUUGCCGAGCCGUGGAGGCAAUCCUUAUCUGGCACGCGGCCUACAACCGGUCGGUGUGGCAAAGCAACCGCUGGCGAAACCCUCGGAAACGGAAAAACCAGCUCCGUUCCGUAUCGAUCUGGACAGUACGACCAGCGCACCACAACCACAGGGAUCUGGAAAGCGAAAUCAGCAGCAGCAGCAGCAGCAGCAGCAGCAGCAGCAGACGAGAGAAUCAGCUCCACCACAACAGCCGCAACAGGAGGUGGUGAACGUGAAGACGCUCGAUGAGCUGUACGAUGAUGAGUUCGAUGUGACGCUAAAUGAUGCGCUCAAUCCGACACUGAAACCGUUGACACGGUCUGCACCGGCACCAACGAACUAUUUCCGCAACCGUUACGUUCACCAGCCGGAUCAGUCGGAGUUUGUGCCGUUCGAGCCGGCCUACGCACCGUCCGAGUUCCGUCGAUCGGCUGCCAUACGUCCACCACCGGCUGCCAUCCUUUAUCACUCGCACGGUGGUGAGACGGGUGGUUUGCAGCGGCAGCGGUACGAAACGUACGGUACCUACCAGUACUGAGCCUGCCCCUGGGCGGGGUGGAUUUAAUUUAUUUUUACGCGGAACAAAAACAAAAGAACAACUGAAGGAAAUCGGAAACGGAAUUGGAGGUGAAGUGGCCGGAUGUUGGAUGACCGCGAGCGAUGGCCAACUGUGACCAUAACGGGAGGGGAUGUGAAGAGGAGAAAUUUGUAAAUACUUAGAGUGAGAGGGUGAUGUAUGUAAGGGAAAGCGAAUGCGGGAGGAAAUGGAGGUGGAAAGUGAGAGAUCAAGAGAGAAACUGGAGUAGGAAAUGGAGCAAAUCUGAUCGGAGAUUAGCUUAGCCCAGUCUGUCCAUACUAGCACUAUUCUUGGCAGGCUUCUGGAUGUCACACUUCGUUAACCUUUGGCCAGAAUCUUGCUAGCGUGGACGGAGUGGCGCACGCUAUUUUCCGUCCAAAAGCAAAAACACAUCUGACUAUACACGCUAAAACAAAUACUCAAACAGGCGGAAGGCGCAUUACAACCCUCUCUCUCACGUGAUAUAACUUUGAAGGAGGAGAAGAAACCCAAUCAUGUGAAAAAUAAAAAGGAAAAAAAUAUAUGGAAACCGAGAAGAGAAGUUACAAAGUUGGAAGAAAGCAUCACGAUGAAGGAAAAUCCAAUCAUCGGCCAAAAAAAAUGUAAACGAUUAUAACUUCCCAAAUACGAAACUAAUAAUGGGCUCGAUGCAAAGAUGCUAAACAUGGAUACGAUAGUAGCGACACUUUAUUUUUCGAUUUAGGAAGCGAUAAUAAUAAAAUGCAAAACUACUCACAAACGAGGAAUAAGGAUUUAGGAAAGCGAGGGAGAGAGAAAGCGAACGCGUAAUUGUAGGACGCUAGAACCAGUAGUGUGGAAGGAAGAAAAUAAAAUUUUCUUUUAAUA